GACAGGCUCUCAAGGUGGUGUCCGUAUUACCGUUCAGACUGGACAGCCUGGGCAGAUCUGUGAUAAGACCUCAUCCUCCUACAACAGCCAAGCCUGUAAAAUGAGCAUACAAUCUGUUUCAUCGCAGAGCAGUAGUUCUUACGGUUCUCAGCAGGGUGGAUCCUCUGUUAUAGUUAGCAGCGGUGGAUCCUCUCCUUCAGGCAGUGGGACCAAAAUUGUAUUUGGUGGCCGUGGACCAUCUUCUUCAGUCGGUAGUAGUGGAUCAUCUACAUUUGGCAGCACUAGCGGAUCCUCCUCUUCAGGUGGUGGUAAUGGAAUCUCUAUCACAUUUGGCGGACCGGGAUCCUCUCCUUCUGGGAGCAGCAGUGGAUCAUCUUCUAACUUCGGAAGCAGCAGCAGUGGAUCAUCGUAUACAUUUGGUGGCGGCAGCAGUGGAUCAUCGGGUUCAAGUGGCAGUAGACCUUGUGGUCAGGGAAAUACAUACGGUGGCAGCAGUCCGUGCAGACCGGGUGGAUCAUCGCAACAAAACUAUGGAAGCAGCCAGGGUGGACAAAGUGGAUCAUAUGGUGGCAGCCAAUAUGGACAGGGUGGGCAAAGUGGAUCGUACGGUGGCAGCAACCAAUAUGGACAGGGUGGUCAGAGUGGAUCAUAUGGAAGCAGCAGUCAAUAUGGACAGGGUGGACAGAGUGGAUCAUAUGGCGGUGGCAGCCGAUACGGACAGGGUGGACAGAGUGGAUCAUACGGCAGCAGUAGCCAAUACGGGCAGAGUGGAUCAUAUGGUAGUAACAGUCAGUAUGGACAGAGUGGAUCGUAUGGUAGUAACAGUCAGUAUGGACAGGGUGGAUCGUAUGGCAGUAACAGCCAAUAUGGACAGGGAGGACAGAGUGGCUCAUAUGGCGGCAGCAACCAAUAUGGAGGGGGCUCUCAGACCAGUGGAAGUUACAACAGUAACAGUUGUGAUAAUGGUGAUGUUUCUACUUAUGGUGCAAAAGCUCUGAGCUCGUCAAAUUGCAGAGGCAAAAGGGAUCUAGCAACACAAGCAUAUAAUGAUUUCAUCAGAAAGAUCCGUGAAAAGAGAGCUUUAUCUCAUGAACUAAUGAGAAAGACUCAGAGUGAAAAAGUUGGUUCUCUAAUCAGGGCAAUUCGAAGUGAAAAAGACCUUUAG